AUGUUAGACAUUGGUAUUUACAAAGAGGUAGUUAAAUUAAAUAAGCAGCUAAGAAAUGAAAUAGCAUGGAUAGUUGACGAAUGUAAAGGACAUCGAGAAAGGAAAAGAAUAAUUAAUCUUCUGAAACAGGAUGUAAAAGGCACAUGUGCUGCAGAAAAGUAUAAGAGCUGCACAAAGAUGAAAACUAAAAGUAAUCGGAAAGCAGAAAGUGGUGUGUACACAAUAUAUCCAGACGGCAAGAAGUCUGUGCAGGCCUAUUGUGAUAUGUCAACAGACGGCGGAGGUUGGACGGUUAUUCAGAAAAGAUUUGAUGGCUCAGUUGACUUUAACCGGAAGUGGUUAGAAUGUGAAAACGGAUUCGGUAACAUAGAUGGAGAAUUUUGGUUUGGGAAUCUGGUAACAAUUUCUGCAUAUAACUGUCUUUAUAUUUUUGUAGGAAACCAUUUCGUUCAUACCCUGACUUCAAGUGGAAAAUACGAAUUGAGAAUAGACAUGGUCAUAAGUAAUACCAAAAAAUAUGCAGUUUACAAACGUUUCAGUAUUGGAGACGCUGCUUCAAAGUACAAGUUAAAUGUCGGUGAUUAUUCAGGAAACGCAGGGGAUCAAUUUAUUCAUCAUAAUGGAUAUAUGUUUAGUGCAAAAGAUCAGGACAAUGACACAUGGGCAAAGCAUUGUGCCUCUGUUUAUCAAGGACCUUGGUGGAAUAAAGACUGUUAUAGUGCAAACUUAAACCGACCUUUUAAGCAGAUGCAUUGGGGAAGUUCCUUUUCAGGAUCUGUGCAGAUGAUGAUCAGGAAACUUUAAAAGCAUUCUUGAAUAAAUGUUAUAAAAAUACAUUUCUCUUUUGUAUUGAAAAACAAAAUGCUUAAGGGUAAACAUCAUCUAGACAGUCACCCAACGGCACAAAAUUAACCAAACACACAUAUUAUUAUUUCUUAGUUCAGAUAGUUUUCUUAAAUUACAGCA